AUGUUGGUAGGAAUUGGUUUGAUUUUUGCAGUUGCAUUGGCUGAUGCAUGCAGUCCAUCGAUCGAUGGUUGUGCUGAAUGUGACUCAACUGGACAAGGAUGCACCAAAUGCGACGCAAACGGCAACACGCCCUACCUGAAGAAGACGAAUCCGGGCGACCAAACAGGGACGUGCGUCAGCAAGGAGGACUGCACGAGGGACGGAGGCUACUACGCCGACGACACCACCGAUCCGAACGCCAAGGAGUGCAAGAAGUGCGAUGCUACGUGCGCGGCGUGUUCUAGCGGUUUAGCGACGGCUUGUACGAAGUGCGAGGCAGGCGGCGCCACGCCCUACCUGAAGAAGACGAAUCCGGGCGACCAAACAGGGACGUGCGUCAGCAAGGAGGACUGCACGAGGGACGGAGGCUACUACGCCGACGACACCACCGAUCCGAACGCCAAGGAGUGCAAGAAGUGCGAUGCUACGUGCGCGGCGUGUUCUAGCGGUUUAGCGACGGCUUGUACGAAGUGCGAGGCAGGCGGCGCCACGCCCUACCUGAAGAAGACGAAUCCGGGCGACCAAACAGGGACGUGCGUCAGCAAGGAGGACUGCACGAGGGACGGAGGCUACUACGCCGACGACACCACCGAUCCGAACGCCAAGGAGUGCAAGAAGUGCGAUGCUACGUGCGCGGCGUGUUCUAGCGGUUUAGCGACGGCUUGUACGAAGUGCGAGGCAGGCGGCGCCACGCCCUACCUGAAGAAGACGAAUCCGGGCGACCAAACAGGGACGUGCGUCAGCAAGGAGGACUGCACGAGGGACGGAGGCUACUACGCCGACGACACCACCGAUCCGAACGCCAAGGAGUGCAAGAAGUGCGAUGCAGGACAAAAGCCUAAUACUGCAGGUACGCAGUGCUUCGCUUGCCCCGACUCUAACUGUGAACGAUGUGAUCAGAGUGAUGUCUGCGCUAGAUGCAGUACCGGCGCACCACCAGAGAACGGGAAAUGCCCCGCCGCCACGCCGGGGUGCCACUCCAGUUGCAAGGAUUGCGUCAGCGGUGCUAAUACGAGUGAAGACGAUAAGUGCCUUAGCUGCAGCGGAGACAACUAUCUGAAGGUGACGGAUACUGAUGCCCACUCAGGGGUGUGCGUAUCGGCCUCUGCCUGUACAUCUGAUACGACGCACUUCACCAAGGAGGUCGCGGACUCUACUGGCUCAAAGAAGAUGUGCCUCUCAUGCAGCGACGCGACACACGGCAUCACAGGCUGCAAAAAGUGUGCCCUCAAAACGCUCUCUGGAGAAACAGAAUCGACAGUUGUGUGCUCUGAGUGUACAGACAAGCGGCUUACUCCUUCGGGCAAUGCAUGUUUAGAACAGUGUCCUGCAGGGACAUAUGCCGAUAAUAUUAACGGAGUCAGUGUCUGUGCUUCCUGCCAUGCUACGUGUGCAGAAUGCAACGGCAAUGCGGACGCUGCUUCCUGCACGGCCUGCUAUCCCGGGUACUCUCUCCUGUAUGGAUCUGGCACAGCCGGAACAUGCGUCAAGGAGUGCACUGGUGCGUUCAUUACCAACUGUGCAGACGGGCAGUGCACGGCUAACGUGGGGGGCGCGAAGUACUGUGCUCAGUGCAAGGACGGGUACGCCCCGAUCGACGGGAUCUGUACAGCAGUGAAAACUGGGAGAGACGCGAGCGUAUGUACGGCGGCAGGCGGGAAGUGCACCAAAUGUGCAGGAGAGUAUACUCUCAUGUCGGGCGGGUGCUAUGGUGUGGCGAAGCUGCCCGGGAAGGCUGUCUGCACGACAGCUAAUAAUGGAAAGUGUACUAUGUGUGCUGCAAAUAACCGGGCACCUGUACAAGAGAAGUGUCCGGAGUGCUCUGAAGGCUGUGCAAAAUGCAAUGAUUCUAAUGCCUGCACUGAAUGCCUUCCUGGAUACUACAAAGGUGCCGGUGAUAAAUGCUUCAAAUGUACAGCUAGUAGUGGAAAUAACAACCAAAUCACUGGUGUCGCUAAUUGCGUAAGCUGCGCUCCUCCAGCUGGUAACGCUGGUGGCCCUGUCACCUGCUAUAUCAAAACAGACGGCGAUAACACCGGCGGAAGCGUCAACAAGAGCGGCCUCAGCACAGGCGCCAUCGCGGGCAUCUCCGUCGCAGUCAUCGUCGUCGUCGGAGGCCUCGUCGGCUUCCUCUGCUGGUGGUUCGUGUGCCGGGGCAAGGCGUGA